UGUCCUUAGUUGUGAGUGACGAGCUACUUGUGUUUGAGUGCUCUCUGAAGUUUGUAGUUGUCAAUACUGGGGUCCAGCACAGAUGGAAUUACGUUAUGAUCUUUACUGCGUGCUCGCGUCAACAGUUUAACAAAACAAAUCUGUGUCCAGUGACUCUGAACUCUGGAGUGUUGAUCGUGGUUUAUGAUAAAGUGAGUGGUUCCUUUGACCGACUCGAUCUUUUACACGUGUAUAAAAAAUGAAUCGUGUUAUACCGAAAAAACUCUCAUGGUGUCAGUGUGUACCAGUAAAUGAGUAAGAACAAUCACUCCUCCACCCUUAUGUCUCAACGAAUCGUCAGCCUGCAUUCCGCCUGGAAAGUCUAAAUCGUCUUCGUUCGUGACUCGUGCAACAUAAUCGUUACUGUUGGAUAAAUUUGCUGGCACCUUGCUCUUUUUUCGACCAACUUGUGUUUGAACAUAUAUAUUUUUGUGGUGAUGGAAUACAACCGGUUUUCGGUGCACUACGGUUUUGCGUUUCUUCUUCUUCUCCUCCACCCAGUUAUCGGAGAUGUGAGCUACUCCAUUCCAGAGGAAAUGAAACGUGGAUCUGUAAUUGGUAAUGUAGCAAAGGAUCUAGGACUUGAUUUGAGCCGACUGUCCGCUCGAAAGGCUCGUAUCGAUACAGAGGACAGCGGUGCAAAGUAUUGCAGUUUGAAUCUCAACACCGGGGAUCUGAUUGUUAAUGAAAGGAUCGACAGAGAAGGGCUUUGUGCGAAGAGGCCCUCCUGUGUUCUCCAACAGGAACUUGUCCUGGAAAACCCGCUAGAGCUGCACCGUAUUAGUGUCCUCGUUCAAGAUGUUAAUGAUAAUUCACCGCAGUUUAAGGAGGAUUCUCUUAAAAUAGAAAUACAAGAAUCAGCUGAUAAGGGUGCACGUUUUCAGUUAGACGAAGCGCACGAUGGAGACAUCGGACAAAACGCUGUUCAAGGCUAUUCACUACAACAGAAUGACCAUUUCAAAUUAAAUCUAAAGACGAAGGCCAGUGGUAGAAAAUAUGGUGAACUAAUCUUAGACAGGGAGUUAGACAGAGAGGACAAAGGGGAUCUGAUUCUUUUGCUUACAGCGUUUGAUGGUGGCUCCCCUCAGAGAUCAGGCACCGUAGUUAUACACGUCACUGUGCUGGAUGCUAAUGAUAAUGUACCAGUGUUUAGUCAGAGCGUUUAUAAAGCAAGUCUGCCUGAAAACUCUCCUUUGGAAACGUUAGUGAUCACAGUGAGUGCAACUGAUGCAGACGAGGGAUUGAACGGUGAAAUAAUCUAUGGAUUUGACCAUGUAGCAGAUGACAAGCAAGUUUUCAGUUUAGACCCUAAAACAGGAGACAUCAAAGUGGCUGGAUUUAUUGAUUUCGAAAAGGAAUCUUUAUAUGAAAUGCAGAUUAGUGCAAAAGAUGGUUUGGGACUGGCUUCGUAUGCAACUGUAACAAUUGAAAUAACGGACAUAAACGACAAUGCUCCAGUGAUUUACAUGAAAUCACUGACGAUGCAAAUACCGGAGAAUGUGUCACCUGGUACAGAGGUGGGCAUCAUUAACGUACAGGACAGAGACUCUGAGAACAACAGACAGGUUCGCUGCUCCAUCCAGCAAAAUGUCCCAUUCAAAUUAGUUCCUUCCAUUAAAAACUAUUAUUCUCUGGUGACCACAGGACAACUGGACCGUGAACUAGUGUCUGAUUACAACAUUACCAUCAGUGCCACUGACGAGGGUUCUCCUCCUCUGUCCUCCUCUAAAACCGUUCACUUAUCUGUAGCUGACGUCAACGACAACCCACCUGUGUUUGAGGAACAGUCCUACAGCGCAUAUGUGAGUGAAAACAACAAACCUGGCUCCACCUUAUGUUCCGUGGCUGCUCGAGACCCGGACUGGAGACAGAACGGUACCGUGAUCUACUCUCUGUUACCUGCUGAGGUGAACGGUGCCCCGGUGUCGUCCUAUGUGUCAGUGAACGGAGACACGGGGGUGAUCCACGCUGUGAGGUCGUUUGAUUACGAACAGUUCAGGAGUUUUAAAGUGCACGUGAUGGCCAGAGACAACGGUUCUCCUCCUCUCAGCAGCAACGUGACCGUCAGUGUGUUCGUGUCGGAUGUGAACGACAACUCUCCUCAGAUACUGUACCCCGCCCCGGAGGGCAACUCGUUCAUGACCGAGCUGGUCCCCAAAGCUGCACACGGAGGCUCUCUGGUGUCCAAAGUCAUAGCGGUGGACGCGGACUCCGGACAGAACGCCUGGCUGUCCUAUCACAUAGUCAAAUCCACUGAUCCGGGACUUUUCACCAUCGGUGUCCACAGCGGAGAGAUCAGGACGCAGAGGGACGUUUUAGAGUCUGACAGCAUGAAGCAGAACCUCAUUGUGUCGGUGAAAGAUAACGGACAGCCCUCUCUGUCUGCCACCUGUUCCAUGUAUUUACUGAUCUCUGAUAACUUGGCUGAGGUGCCAGAACUGAAGGACAUUUCUUACGAUGAGAAGAAUUCCAAGCUGACGUCGUAUCUGAUCAUUGCUCUGGUGUCCGUGUCCACGUUUUUCCUGACCUUCAUCAUCAUCCUGGGUGUGAGGUUCUGUCGUAGGAGGAAGCCCAGACUGUUGUUUGACGGAGCAGUAGCCAUCCCCAGCGCUUAUCUCCCUCCUAAUUACGCAGAUGUUGACGGCACGGGAACUUUACGCAGCACUUACAACUAUGACGCCUACCUGACAACAGGCUCUAGAACCAGUGACUUUAAGUUCGUGUCAUCCUAUAAUGACAACACGCUGCCUGCUGACCAGACUCUGAGGAAGAGUCCUUCAGACUUUGCUGAUGCUUUUGGAGAUUCGGAUGGUUCUCCUGAGGUAGGCACUUGUCAUGUCACCACUGUGAGAUCUGUCGAACCAGUGAUUUACAGCCUUUCGUGUCGUUCUUCUUUUUAUUAA